CAACACACAGCUACAUUCACCCACAGACCGAGGUACAGACGGAGACAACCUCUGGCCCCCCAGCAGCUGGCCAGCCUGGCAGCCCAGUCUCGAGCCCCUAAUUACUCUCCCCCGCCCCCAUCCCCUUCCCCAUUGAAGGAGCGGAAAGAGAAGAGAGAAGAGUGAGCAGAGAGAUUGAGAGAUUGAGAGAGAGAGAGAUAGACGGAGAUCUCUGGAGCAGACCUCAAGGUGACUUCCAUUUCUAUCUGGUUCACGUCUGGGGGGGCCCUGGCCGGGCAGCCCCCCCACCUUUCUCCUGCCCUGAAACACGGCUCUAGCCAACCUGCUCCGCUGCUUCACCUGCGACCGACUGUGUGGGGGCUGCACGGCGCCAGCCCCUCCGGCCCGCCAGGGCAUCGUCCUCCAGCCCGUCAUGCCCAGCUGCGACCCGGGUCCGGGCCCUGCGUGCCUCCCUGCCAAGACGUUCCGCAGCUACCUGCCCCGCUGCCACCGCACCUACAGCUGCGUGCACUGCCGGGCGCACCUGGCCAAACACGAGGAGCUCAUUUCCAAGUCUUUCCAAGGGAGCCAUGGCCGAGCCUACCUGUUUAACUCCGUGGUCAACGUGGGCUGUGGACCAGCCGAACAGCGCCUCCUGCUCACGGGGCUGCACUCGGUAGCUGAUAUUUUCUGUGAGAACUGCAAAACCACGCUGGGCUGGAAAUACGAGCAGGCUUUUGAGACGAGCCAGAAGUACAAGGAGGGAAAGUACAUCAUUGAAAUGUCACACAUGGUGAAGGACAACGGCUGGGACUGAGGGGCUCAGGCAGGCUGUGCCCUUCCUCCGCAUGCCCACCCUCCCCACACCCAUCCCCGGGCCCUGCCAAGCAGUCCAUACCAGCAUGAGUACUGCCCCACCCCUGGGGGGAACCCAGCUCCCACAACCCCGACCCUGCCUCCACCUCAUCACUCCCAGGCCCCUUUGGAACAGGGGUCUGGGGUACCCCAGGGGUGUUCAAGGCUCAGGAGUGGGCAGCAAGCAGUCAGGGAGAGCCAGAACUGGGGAGAGGGGCUGGUUGCAGGUCCUUCUAGCCCUAAGAGCCUGAAAAUGGAGGUGACGGCAGGGCAUAGGAUCAGGCAGAGGACCAAAGGGGGCUCCGUUUCUGCCCUGACCUCUUUUUAAAUGAAUGGAGGAGCUGUGAGGCUCGGGGCUGGUAGAGCCCAGCCCACAGAAUAGCAGGUGAGAGGGGGUUUGAGUGGGAGUGAAAUUCUGGCCUCAGACACUGCGAGACACCAGAGUCUCUGAGGGUGAAGUUUCCCACCCCCGUUUGUAGGAGAAAGGAUUCGGGGGUGGAAGGAGAGAAAUCCCAGAUCCCAGGCCCUGGGAAAUACAAGAAUCACGGGGGUUUCCAUUUUACUCCACUUGUUAGUUUAUCUUGGCACUAAAGAGGCACUUUCGCAUAUCUAACCUUCGCCAGGGCAUGGGGUGGGGGAAGCAGCCCGUGGAACAGGCCCCCCCUCCCCCCGAGCUCCCCCAGAGCGAGCAGUCCGUAAGGGCAUUCUGAGGCCCAGCCACUGCUCCCUGGGACCCAGUCCCUCGGAGGGGAGGUAGGACAUCAGUGUCACGGGGCCAGGCUUCCUCGUGGCUGCCACCAGCGAACGAAACUUUUGUAUGAUACAUAAAGUGUUUGGGUCUAUUUUUAAUAAAAAGGGGAAAAGCAACUGUGAGGCACUUUCUCCUCUUUCACUUGGCUUCCCAUGCACAGACCUUACCUCUAUUCUGUCACACGCACCUUCCAAGACCUGUCCCUUUGUGCCACUAGAGGGCAGCAGUCGCUUUAACCAGGGGACGGGUGUUCAGGUGAGGUUCACUUAGUGAAGCGAGUGCUUUUGUGAAACAGCCCCUCUUCCAGAGCUCUUCACAAUGAAUCAGGUAGCGCUUGGGUCCAGGACUGGGCACCUGGAAGAGGCCCAUCCCUGAACAAGGAUGUUCUUGGGCCCAUUGCCUUUCAGCCUGGACUUGAAAUGUUUGGGUCAGCUCAUGGCCACACUCAAGGCUGAAAGGAAAGUCGAUCAAGCAAGGCGCUGCCCUGGCAGCUGAUACAAAGUGGAACUGAACAGCUCAAGAUCACAGCAUCAGUGCAACCCUGCGACUCAAGUGCGUUUUUUGGCAGUGAUGUGAAAUCCCCAUUGUUGUUGGGCCACCGACAACCACAGGGAGGACUGUACACAUCAUAAAAAUCAUUUUUGGUAAGCUA